AUGCGACUCCUUCAAGGGGAGUUGAAUAGCGCCGACACUAGGUACCGAGACCUAGAAACCGCGCACGCCGUAUCAGCUGCAAAUAUGUAAUCUGGAUCUGGAAUGAUACCACCGUGUAAAUCUUGUUUCGUAUGAUCACUGUAUAUUCUGUGAUGCAUACUUUUUGCGCACGAGACAUGCCCGCUUGUGUUCUUGCCAAAAAAAGCAAUUUCCCAUGCGGAGAAUGCAACACAGGAUUCUAUGAAAAAAGCCCCUUGCUCUGCUGCGUGCUGCACGAUUUAGCAUGACAACUUUCCAGACCCAAACAUGUUUGCAAUGGAUACGUAAGUGAGAAGGCGGACAUGAAAAGGAGGUUCGACGAGGAAAGGCAGGAGUUGCAACAAAAAAUAGAACUAUUCCACCGAAAAAAUGUACCCGCACCGGGAAAAAAAUAUUUAUUGUAUUGCGGAUUUCCCUCCUGUUUGCUCUGCUGCUCAGUAUCAGAGAGUUACUCGCCACAUCUCAGAUCGCUUCACCGCAGUACACGCUGCGUGCCUCGUGGACACUACCAACAUUUGACCACGUGGCUUAGCGUUCUUGUGGACCCUCUGAACACGACCGGAAUGAUAGGUUGAGUACGUCUGGAUGAUGGUGAUGAUGAUGAUAGUUGGUGAUAUCACAAAGUGAAAGUAACUGCCUCAGCUGCGGUCUCCGCAUGAAAGAGUGGUCACGACGAGCAGGGACACCAAUUUACUCGCAACACAAAUUCACCUUGUUUACGGUGCGGGUGUACUUUUCUGUGGGAUACCAUGGACUCAACUCGAUGAACGAGCUGCUGGCUGAACAGCUGCGGAGCACGGGUUCCGGGAACUCGAUGCACUCGGGCGUGUUCGAUAUCACUAUGUAAAAACGUCGUAACCCCAGAGUUGUCAUGCAGAUUUGUAGUUACAGGGAGAUUUGUGAUGCGCACCCCCAUGAGAGGAAUGUGUAUAUUAUCCAAACGUGUUUUGGAAUAUGUAAUGCUGUAAGCAGGAGAAGAAGAUGGAUUUGUGAUGCUGCUGUGCAUGUAUUUGCUAAAAAAUGCAAUACAGAACGGAACUCGUCAUGCGUGGCUCCCAAAACUUCUGGGUUUGUGUUGCAGAGUUCCCAACUUGACUUAGGGGUAGGUUCGUUUUUGCGCAGAAUAUUCGACGAGAUCUGUUCAUCUUCCUCCCCGAGUACUUUAUGUUUUCUUUAUAGUUUGUUACGAUGUAGUGAAGUUCGAUGCCACUCUACCUGUAGUUUGUGCAACAUUUUUUCCUUAACAAAACAGUUUUCCAAAAUCUUUUCCUUUAACAAAACAGUUUUUCACUCUAUAUGCAGGAAGAUACCCAGUUCCACGCCGCCCUCAACCUCGAAGGAUUCAGGUUGUAUGUUCAGCAGGAUGAUACGUACACAAAUGAAGAAAUGAAUAUUGAUUCUGAUACGUCCGAGUUCCCCAAUUGUUUGCUUAUAGUAUUUUUAACCAACGCGGUAGGCAGAAGCAUACCCCGUCUCUUGCUUCUAGGAUACAGUCAAUCUGAAUUCUGCUGCAUGAGGGUCGUGGAAGUUUCUCUGAUUCAUAACGGCCACCGCCCGGGCCAAGUCCCACGGUGGACACCGUCAGCGAUAUCAAAUGCAAAAGUGUCUGGGUCUGGGAGGAUUCGAAUUUGUGAUGCGAAAUCUAUGUCAUGAGAAAAUGUGUCAUGCAUGGCUAGCAAAAGGCCGCGCCUCUUGUUUCCGAGAGAGGGGAUUUGUCAUGCGGAUUAGGCAUUUGGAUACCUGCUCAAAAUCUGUGGUGCUAGAGCUUGCAUGCCAGACGAUCUGGCUCAUGCAAAAACUGCAUGACAGAUCUCGCAUUCUUCCAGACCCAGACAUAUUUGCAUUUGAUAAGCGAAGCGGACAAAGAACAAGAAGCGGACGGUCCAGUUCCGAUGGGUCCGAUGCGAAUCAACGUAUGAAAGUGAAUACCCUUUUUCCCCAUCCCGUCUAGUCGUUCGUGUUUGCAUCCUAGCAAGCUAAUCUUCUGCUCCCAGUAGAAGUAGUGUAAAAUUUGCAUUGCUGAAAAAGAGAAAGGGUGGUUUUUUCAUCGUCAUUAUUUGCAGCGCCACCGCCAGAACCCAUGAACAUGCAAGGCGUGCCUGCUGCGUCACCAAUCCGGAACAAGGAACCGCCCAAGAACUUAUCGAUGCGAAACCCUUCCUGCUCAACCAUCCCCCGAGAGGUGUUCGUGUAUGUGUUUUUUCCGUGCAGCCAGCUAAUCAUUUUGCAUGCCUCUAGAUUUUAGCUUUACCUAAGCAGAGCCAGAAGGAGGCCCAAAAUAUGUUCUGUUUCUAAUCUAUCGCGUGCUUCACCAUAAUUUCUCCCUUGUGGCACCUGGAAGGUUUUUGCAUCGGUAUUCUGUGACCAUCAAAACGAAGUUAUCAAAAUGAAAAUCCUCCGUAUUCGAACGAUGAUUUUGUUCAGAAUGCAUCUGAGAAAGAGAUGAUGACCAACAGCCCAAUUGUCCUGCAUGUUCUGCUCUCUUGAAGUGGAAUGCGGUGGUUUUGAUUUUGAUAUGCCAGCCACGAAGAACACCAACGCUGCAAAUAUCAAGUGAAAAUAGGUCUGGGUCUGGACGGAGACGAGAGUGAGAUUUCUCAUGCAUCUUUUGCGUGACCAAGAACGACAGGUAUACGGGCCAGAGUAUCACAGCUGUUGUAAAGCAUCACGAUCUCCACUCACAUUCCGGUCAUAUACGCAUGACAAAUUUGAACAUCUUCUAUGGCCGAAAAAAAAAUACGCAACUUUUAUUUUUGCGGCCCUGGCAUGACAGAUUUUUUUGCGAAUUACAUCGCGCAUGACAAAUUUCCAGUUUCGUGCCCCCCCAGGCGCAGGCGUAUUUGCAGUUCAUAGCAGUAAGGAGUUAAUAACCAAAUUCUGUAGUUCUGCAAAACGAAAAUAUUUUUUUUUGUUCGACAAAUUUACAACCUACAUUGCAAGAUAAGAAGAAAUAGCAUCACGAGAUUUAGACUUUUACAAGGUGUGAUUGAAAAUAGGUAGAUUUUGCCGACAGAACUCGAGCUCUACAGCUUGACCAUCGUUAGCUUAUCGAAAUUGCAUGAUGAACAAUUAAAGCAUAUGAACAGAAAUCAAAGUAGAAAAAGAAAAUCGCCGAUGCAAGCAAUAUCAAUACUGCAUCUCCAUCAAAAAUUUUGCCUCAAGUAGAAGUAGACACGACGAAGACUGCGCUGAGUAUAAAUUGUUCAAGUAGAAUUUGGCUGUGACAGCUCGGAAUGUUCUUUGCGCGGAG